AUGGCUCAAACAAAACACUUCUUUUCAGACCCCACCCACCUGGUGCACACGGCCUUGAACUCUCUGACCCUCACAAACCCUUCGCUCGCAUUCGACCUCGAGAACAAGAUCAUUUUCCGCCGCCCUGAUGUCGUAAAAAAGGGAAAGGUCGCCAUUAUAUCCGGCGGAGGCUCCGGCCACGAACCCGCCUUUGCAGGAUUUGUCGGACAGGGUCUCCUAGACGCUUCGGCAGCUGGGACCAUCUUUGCCUCACCAAAUGCAGAGCAGAUUCGCAUUGCCGCCAUGGAGCGGGUCAACAACGAGCAAGGAGUGCUCAUUAUUCCCAUGAACUACACCGGUGAUGUCUUGAACUUUGGUAUGGCCGCGGAGAAGUCACGGGCUGCCGGUAUCAAGACCGAGUUCUUUGCUAUCAAUGACGACGCUGGCGUUGGCAAGCUAAAGGGCGGCAAGGUCGGUCGUCGGGGUAUCGGAGGUGGUGUCUUGAUCUUGAAGAUCGUCGGUGCUCUGGCAGAGGCUGGCGGCUCACUCGAGGAUGUCUACAAGAUCGCUCAACUAGCCAACGAGAACCUUGCCUCGGUUGGCUCGUCAUUGGAACACGUCCACGUCCCCGGUAGAGAGGUGUCUGAUGAUCACAUCCCAGAAGGCGAGGUUGAGAUUGGCAUGGGCAUCCACAACGAACCGGGAUCCCACCGCGCGAAAGCUACACUCGUUGAGAUGGUUUCGACAAUGCUCCUCCAUAUUUUGGACCACAACGACCCUGACCGAGCCUACAUAACUCGCUCACCCGGCGACAAGUUCGUGCUGCUGAUCAACAAUCUGGGAGGUGUCAGCACUAUUGAACUGUCUGGUAUCACCGAUGAGGUUUACCGCCAGCUCGACAAGUCAUAUCAGAUCAAGCCCGAGCGGGUUAUCCAGGGCACAUUCCUCACCAGUCUUAACGGACUCGGAUUCAGCAUCUCACUUCUCAAGCUAGCAGACACCGGGCUGGGCCCUGGCAAGUCCUUCCUCGAGCUCCUCGACGCCCCCGCUGAGGCCGUCGGCUGGUCCGCGCCCGUCAACCCUGCCACUUGGGAGUACCGCAAUGCGCCUGGAAUUGAUGUCAAGAGGGCCAAGCCCACCCAGCAGCCGCCCAGCAACAUCAAGCUGGACAUUGGCAAGAUCCGCACCGUCCUCGGCGCAGCCCUCCAGCGUGUAAUUGACGCAGAACCCCUAAUCACCCGCUACGACACCAUCGUCGGCGACGGCGACUGCGGCAUCGGCCUAAAGCGCGGCGCCGAAGCCGUCCUCGACCUCCUCAACGAUUCCGCAAACCUCAACGACGACGUCAUCAGCACAGUCAACAGCAUCGUCAACGUCGUCGAAAACACCAUGGACGGCACCUCCGGCGCCAUCUACGCCAUUUUCCUCAACGCCCUCGUCCACGGCCUCCGCGAACAGGACAAGGGCUCUGAAACACCUGCCGACGUGGACGUCUGGGGAACAGCCCUGAAAUAUUCCAUCGCCGCACUGGGGAAGUACACACCCGCCCAGAUCGGCGAUCGCACUCUGAUCGAUGCGCUCGUGCCCUUUGCCCAGACCCUCGCGGAGAAAAAGGACGUCCAUGCUGCUGCUGAGGCUGCACACGAGGGCACCGAGGCGACGAAACACAUGAAGGCUUCGCUGGGCCGGGCCGUGUAUGUUGGUGGCGAGGAGGAGUGGGUAGGGAAGGUCCCGGACCCUGGGGCGUUUGGGCUGAGUGCGUUCUUUGCUGGGUUGGCGGAUGCGCUGUGA